AUGAUAUAUAGUGGCGGCCCACCAGUGCCCGGACAAAAUGGGAAACAGCGGACUUCGAGCUUGGAGUCACCAAUCAUGUUGCUAACUGGACACCAAAGUGCAGUCUACUCAAUGAAAUUCAAUCCAGCAGGGACUGUCGUUGCAUCUGGUUCACAUGAUAAGGAGAUAUUCUUGUGGAAUGUACAUGGUGAUUGCAAGAACUUCAUGUUCUUGAAAGGGCACAAAAAUGCUGUGUUGGAAGUGCAGUGGACUACUGAUGGCACACAAAUAAUAUCGGCCAGCCCAGAUAAGACUUUAAGAGCAUGGGAUGUUGAGACAGGGAAACAAAUAAAAAAGAUGAUGGAGCACUCGUCUUUUGUGAAUUCUUGUUGUCCCGCUCGAAGGGGCCCACCUCUUAUUGUCAGUGGGUCGGAUGAUGGGACUGCAAAACUGUGGGAUAUGAGACAAAGGGGAUCCAUACAGAAUUUUCCGGAUAAAUACCAGAUUACAGCAGUCAGUUUCUCCGAUGCAUCUGAUAAGAUUUACACUGGUGGCGUUGACAAUGAUGUAAAAGUGUGGGAUAUUCGGAGAAGUGAGGUUAUUAUGAAGCUCCAAGGACAUCAAGAUAUGUUAACUGGAAUGCAAUUGAGUCCAGAUGGUUCUUACCUUCUGACUAAUAGCAUGGACAACACUCUUCGAAUAUGGGACAUGCGCCCCUAUGCACCCCAAAAUCGCUGUGUGAAGAUUUUGGAAGGGCACCAGCACAAUUUUGAGAAGAACUUGCUGAAAUGUGGUUGGUCACCCGAUGGAAGCAAGGUUACUGCUGGUAGUAGUGAUCGCAUGGUCUACAUAUGGGAUACAACUUCUCGUCGCAUAUUGUAUAAGCUUCCAGGCCAUACUGGAUCAGUUAAUGAGUGUGUCUUCCAUCCCAGUGAACGUAUCAUUGGCUCUUGCAGUAGUGAUAAGCAGAUAUAUCUUGGUGAAAUCUAA